AUGGGGCAUGUGAAUCACUCAGUAGCCUCUGACUUCAUUCUGGUGGGCCUCUUCAGUCACUCAGGGUCACAUCAGCUUCUCUUCUCCCUGGUGGCUGCCAUGUUUAUCAUGGGGCUUCUGGGCAACACUGUUCUGCUCUUCCUCAUCCACGUGGACUACCGGCUCCACACACCCAUGUACUUUCUGCUCAGUCAGCUCUCACUGUUUGAUAUUGGCUUCCCUCUGGUCACCAUCCCCAAGAUGGCAUCAGACUUCCUGCAGGGAGAAAGUUUCAUCUCCUUCGAGGGUUGUGCAGCUCAAAUAUUCUUCCUGACGCUCAUGGGUGUGGCUGAGGGAAUCUUGUUGACCCUAAUGUCCUAUGACCGUUAUGUCGCUGUGUGCCAUCCCCUGCAGUAUCCUUUGCUCAUGAGGCGCCAGGUGUGCCUGCUCAUGGUGGGCUCCUCCUGGCUGGCGGGUUUGCUCAAUGCCUCCAUCCAGACCUCCAUUACUCUGCACUUCGCCUACUGUGCCUCCCGCAUCGUGGACCACUUCUUCUGUGAGGUGCCAGCCCUGCUGAAGCUCUCCUGCGCAGACACCUCUGCCUAUGAGUUGGCGCUGUCCACCUCGGGGGUGCUGAUCCUUGUGCUCCCCCUUUCGCUCAUUGCCACUCCCUACGGCUACGUGUUGGGGGCCAUUCUACGCAUGCGCUCAGAGGAGGCCCGAAACAAGGCCUUCACUACCUGCUCCUCACACAUCACAGUAGUGGGACUCUUUUACGGAGCAGCCGUGUUCAUGUACAUGGUACCGGGUGCCUACCACAACCCACACCAAGACAAUGUGCUCUCCCUUUUCUACAGCCUUGUCACUCCCACACUCAACCCGCUCAUCUACAGUCUGAGGAAUCGGGAAGUGAGGAUGGCUUUGGUCAAAGUGCUCAGCAGUGCUGGACUCAGGUAAAAGUGAUGACCACACAGCGGGCUACUGGCUGAUUCCAGUGAUCCUCCGUCCCACCCAUCUCUCCAAAGCACCAAUUUGUGGUGCAGCUGCUAAGGCCUUAUGGUGAAAGCUAGGUGUCUUCCCAGCCUCUUCCCAUCCCAUGACUAGUUGGGUUCAUGUUUUCUCCCAUGGAUUUGUAAAAAUCAACUGUAGAGGUCCCAAUCACUUUUAGUAAAUUCUUUAGUACAAUUUACAUAAAUGGAAGGCCCAACUUUGUAAAGUUGAGAUCUCCCUGUUAUUGAAUUGAUAGUUAAACUAGUAAUAAUUAACAUUUGUUCACCAAUUAAUCUGCCAAGUGAAGUUAUUUCGUCCUCAAGAUGGCUUUUGAGGUGUAGGGACUAUCAUAUUUUAUGUGUAAGAAAAAAAUGACUCAAAAAGGGAAGACAGCUCAACAGCAGUCAUACUUCCAGAAAGUGGUAGAGCUGGGCCUUGAAUCCAUGAUCUUAU